AUGCAAAGUAGCUGCGGAUUACGUAAUUCGAAAGCGCUAGAAGCUAAGUCCAUUCCAGUUGCGACCGACGGGACAUCUAUUGACCUCCACUUUGGCUUUGCGCAGCUGACCGUGAUGCGGCAGCACGACAAGCUGGAGGCGGUGCUCCGCCACUUCCUCGUCGAGGACCGGGGCGUCGACGGCAGCUCCUCCUACGUGGACUACCUCUGCCACAUCCACAAGGAGAUCCGCGCCCUGCUA